AUGGCAAUAUCAAGUGACAACAGUGAGCAGCAACAAGAAAUGUCAACUUUGUCAAAUCGAUCACCUCACCACGUUUCAUUUAUUGAUGAUCAACAUCAGCAACGACAAACUACUGUAAAUAUCGAUGGUUCUUCAUCCGGACCAAGACAAGGCUCAAUAUCGGCUGGUGAGAAAAGCGGGCGUUUCUUUGUUGUUAAACCAUCGGAUGUGCCAGAUAUUAACGGAAAUGAUAAAGUGAAUGGAUCAAAUAUAGCAACCACAGAAAGUGAAAAAACACCAUUACAAAAAGAAGCAGACAUUUCAGUGAAAUUUAAUGAGAGUAUUUUCGAAGAAACUGAUUUUGCAGCACGUAAUGUACUUGAUCAAUUAUAUAAUUAUAAAGGUGGUAUAGUACCGAAUGCAGCAGAAGCUGAAAAACCAUCGACAGCCCGACAGAGUUCCGCAAAUCUUGGUACAAUUUUUGGUGUUUAUCUUCCUUGUGUUCAAAAUAUAUUUGGCGUUAUUGUCUUUAUUCGUCUUUUUUGGCUGAUUGGUAUAGCUGGUGUACUUCAAACACUUUUAAUUGUUAUUAUGUGUAGUUCAUGUACUCUUUUAACAGCUAUAUCAAUGGCAGCGAUUGCAACGAACGGGAUAGUACCGGCUGGUGGUGCUUAUUUUAUGAUAUCUCGUUCACUUGGGCCAGAAUUUGGUGGUGCAGUGGGAAUAUUAUUUUACCUUGGUAAUACAUUUGCUGCAUCCAUGUAUAUUGUUGGAGCUAUUGAAAUUGUAGUCAAAUACAUGUGUCCAGAAACGUGUCGUCUGUUUGGUAACGAUGUUGAAAUACCAUCGGUUGCUUUUAAUCAUUAUCGUAUAUAUGGCACUAUCUUACUUUUAAUGAUUGGAGCUUGUGUCUUAAUUGGAAUUAAAUUUGUAACGAAAAUAGCACCAUUAUCAUUAUUUGCUGUACUUCUCUCACUUCUGUGUAUAUAUGCCGGUGUUAUCAAAAGUUCAUUUAGUCCACCUGAUUUGCCUAUUUGUUUGGUCGGGUCAAAUCCAUCACAUUUAAUUAAAUCUUCUGUACUUAACAACGAUGUAAUGACUUAUUGUCGUCCAGAUAAAUGGUGUUAUGAAGGCAAUAAAACGAAAUUAUGUCCACUUUACUCAUCGAUAUGUAAUAAAUCAACGAAUACGUUAUGUUCAAAAAAUGAUUAUAUUGAAAAUGUUCGUAUUGAACAAGGUAUACCUGGCCUAAAAAAUUGGCAAUUAUCAGAAAAUCUCAUUUCACAUUAUCGACGUGAAGGUGAAAUUGAACGUGAUAUUAGAGGUGACUCAUCAUUUGAAGUUGUUGCACAAGAAAUCACAACUUUUCUAAUUCUUGUUGGUAUUUAUUUUCCGUCUGUUACUGGAAUUAUGGCUGGAUCAAACCGCAGUGGAGAUUUGCGUGAUCCAAGUCGAAGUAUUCCACGUGGGACUAUUGCUGCUAUUAUAACAACAUCAAUUAUUUAUUUAUCAAAUGUUAUAUUUUUGGCUUCGUGUACACAUAGUUCAUUAUUAAGAGAUAAAUUUGGAGAUAGUAUUAAUAAACAGCUAGUCGUUGCUGCUUUAGCAUGGCCAAAUAAAUGGGUUAUUAUGAUUGGAGCAUUUUGUUCGACCGUUGGAGCUGGUUUACAAACGUUAACAGGUGCGCCACGCCUAUUACAGGCUGUUGCUAAAGAUGACUUAAUACCCAUUCUUAGUCCAUUCGCAAAAUCUUAUCGUGGUGAACCAGUGCCCGCUCUGUUUCUUACAUUAUUUAUUUGUGAAUGUGGCAUUCUUAUUGCUGAUCUUGACAAACUUACAGCACUUUUAUCAAUGUUCUUUCUUCUAUGCUAUGGAUUCGUUAAUUUAGCGUGUGCUUUGCAAACUAUUUUAAAAGCACCAAGUUGGCGACCACGCUUUCGUUUUUAUCAUUGGAUUUUAUCUCUCAUGGGUGUUCUUCUUUGUAUUUCAAUUAUGUUUAUUGCUUCAUGGUAUUUUGCUCUUGUAGCAAUGGUUAUUGCAAUAGUUAUAUAUAAAUUUAUUGAAUACAAAGGAGCAGAAAAAGAGUGGGGCGAUGGCAUACGUGGAUUAUCAAUGUCAGCAGCUCGCUAUGCACUAUUUCGUGUUGAUGAAGCUCCUCCGCAUACAAAAAAUUGGCGACCCCAAUUACUUGCAUUUCUUAAUGUACAACGAAAUGACGAAGAUGAGUCAUAUGCAUUACGUCAUCCGAGAUUACUAAAUUUUCUCUAUCAAUUAAAAGCUGGACAAGGUUUUGUUGUUGCAGCAAGUAUUCUUGAAGGAGAUUAUCUUGAUAAAUAUCAAUUUAUUGAACCAAUUCGUUUAUUACUAAAAGCCAGUUUAACUCAAGCAAAAGUUCAAGGUUUUGCUGAAGUACUUGCAACAAAGGAUGCUGAAGAUGGAAUUAGUGCCUUAAUUCAAACAGAAGGUUUAGGUGGUUUAAAACCGAAUACAAUAGUUAUUUGUUGGCCAGUUAAUUGGAAAAAGGAUUAUGAAGCUUAUACAGCUGAUUCAUUUAUUCGUACUAUUGCUAUUGCUGAAGCACGUCGAUGUGCUGUUAUUGUACCGAAAAAUAUUAAUAAUUUUCCCGAUAGUAAAGAAAUUCAAGACGGUACCAUUGAUAUAUGGUGGAUUAUUCAUGAUGGUGGUCUUCUUUUUCUCAUUGCUUUUCUUUUGAAACGUAAUAAAGUAUGGUCACGUUGUCGCAUACGUUUAUUUACUGUUGCACAACUCGAAGAUAAUUCAGUUGAAAUGAAAAAAGAUCUUGAACAAUAUAUGUAUCAAUUACGGAUUGAAGCUGAAGUUAAUGUUGUUGAAAUGGACAAUCAAGAGAUUUCAGCUUAUGCUUAUGAGCGUACAUUAAAAUUGGCUGAACGUGUUCAACUUUUAAAAGAUCUGAAAUUACAUGAUAAAGAAUUACAACUUCAGCCGCAAAUAUUGAUGGAGUCACUGUUGAAUAAUCAACGACAAAGUAUUGAUGGAUCCGAUGAUCAAUAUCAUUAUACAUUUACACCACAUCAACUUGAAAAUUUAAAAAAAUCUGUGGGUGAAUCAUCAAUGCGUAAAAUGCAUUCAGCUGUACGACUCAAUCAACAAAUUCGUGAUCGCUCCCAUGAUGCUAAACUUGUUCUUAUCAAUCUUCCACCCCCACCAUCGCAACAGACUAGUUUAGCGGCUUUUUCAUAUAUGGAAUAUGUUGAUGCAUUAACAGAAGGUUUACAUAGAUUAUUACUAAUGCGCGGAAGUGGACGUGAAGUUAUAACAAUAUUUUCUUAA